AUGUCUGCAUAUCUAAGAAGCUGGCUAUCUGGCACGCCAUUUACUAGCUCCUCGUCAAAAACAGAGGUCUCGGUACAAAUCUCUACAGCACCCGCUGAAGAGAAUAAUGGCGACUCGGACGCAGACUCAGAUCGCACAGACACGCCGCCUGUGUUCCCGGCUCCUAACAGCGCACAGCGCCUUGGAUCCUCUUCGAAGAAUGCAAUGAAUACCUCUAAUACACGAUCAAGUCUUCCGAAGGUGCUGAUGGAUACUCAGCUUAUGCCGCCACCUCCUCCAUCUGCCAAUUCAUUGCGCGUACCAGGUGUACCGACGUCUCGUGCUGGAUUAAGUACUAGCUCUAGUGCUUCGUCAAACAGUUUAAUGCCUCCACCAACUGUCUCUGGUACUCUCAGAGUUCCACCGAGUACGACCAAACCGUCUACAAAUAAAUUUCGGGAGAAGGUUGCACUUGCACCUGGAUUUGGUCCUCUUGAUUGGGCAGCACUUAAAUCAUCUGGAGCAGAUCUCCGAGGCGUUGACGACCUGCUGCGCAUAACACCGUCGAUGUUGAAGGAGCAUAACAAGAAAGACGACGCAUGGGCUGUAUUUUACGGCAAAGUGUAUAACAUCACUCCAUACCUUCCCUACCACCCGGGCGGUGAGAAGCAACUAAUGCGCGUCGCAGGGAGGGAUGGUACAAAGUUAUUUGCAUCUACACAUGCCUGGGUCAACGUCGAAUUCAUGCUUGAUGCAUGUCUUGUCGGAUUUCUCGUUUCUGAAUCGUAUGGAUCAUAGAGCAUCACUUGAUAUACCCGUGUCAGAACUUGGAUUAUAGACCAGACAUAGAUUCACUCGUGCUGUGCUUUCGAACCACGGACCAACCCAAUAUUUAACAGUAGACAAUGUGAUCUGUAAAACCUAUAUAUAAUUUAGUGUGCUAAGUUGGAGUCGU